AUGGUAAUAAGAAUGGUUUUACGUAAAAAUUAAAAGACAGAUUUAUAACCUCUGUCUUAUAGCUAGUGGAUCUGCUGCACAUGUGCGAGAAAACUUUGUUUUGAAGCCCCUUUUACCCUUGUCCAGUGGGUAGCGGACAGGUAAACAAUUCUGCGGGGACGAGAUUAAUGAUAAUUGGUUGAAGGGCUAGAAUUUCCUCUAGGUAGAUAUUAAUUGUUAUAAGUUUAAGUGUCCUUUUGGCAAAUAAAGAUAACAUAGUAAUUUGUUUAGUCAAGAAGCAUUUAAUACUGGCCUCAGUUGUUCAAACAUCGAACAGGGCUAUAUAUCCACCGGACGAAUCACUAUCCUGGGAAUAAGUGUUAGGAAAACUAGUAAAGUUGCCCAUUGGAUAGAGAUUUAUCCAGUGGAUAGCGUUUUCUAACUUUUUUACAAAUGGAGACUGAUGAUUAAAUUCGAUAAAAACUAUUAAAAAUUAUCAGAGUUAUUAGGUUGCGUCUUUGGGUACUUUGGGUAAUGUUGGCUUUUAAUUUCACAGGUUCCUACCUUAGCAUCUGAAGGCAGUGCAAUCGAAGUACAAAGUGUGAGUGGCGCCCCCGAGGUACUCAUACAAAAAGAACUUCUAAAUGUGAUGGCUGAGGACUUGGCAGCUAAAGUAAUAAGCAGCAGUUUAAGAGAGGUUGCUGAAAUCGAUUUACAAGAAGAGGUUGUCUCUGUUGUCGCACAUGAGGUCGGUGAAGCGAAAAAGGAAAACAGCGCUGUUAAAUUUGUACCCGACUUUGCAAUCGAGUUAGAAAGUGUACGUGGGGCAACUGAGGUACUCGUACGAGGCGAAAUCCUAAAUGUGAUUGCUGAUGACUUGGCAGCGGAAGCAAUAACCAACAGUUUAAGAGAAUUGGAAAGCGCCUCGGUUGAAGACAUUGCAUCUGAAGCAGAAAAAACAGAAAAAUCUGAAGCGGAAAAUGUAACUGCAGUCACUGAGAUCCAUUCACAGGAAGAGGUUGUCUCUGUUGUCGCACAUGAGGUCGGUGAAGUGAAAAAGAAAAACAGCGCUGUAAAAUUAGUUUCCGACUUUGCAAUAGAGUUAGAAAGUGUACGUGGGGCGACUGGGGUACUCGUACAAGAGGAACUUCUAAAUGUGAUCGCUAAAGACUUGGCAGUGGAAGUAAUUAGAAGCAGUUUAAGAGAAUUGGAAAGCGCCUCUUUGGUUGAAGACAUUGCAUCUGAGGCAGAGAAAAUAAUCCCAGGGGUCACCUACGAAUUGACUGAUAAUGUGAUCGAGCUUGAAUCUGAAGAUCCUGAGGUGCAUGAAAGUGCCAAAAAAACCUUGAGUGACGUCCCAAGUGAGGAUGACAAGCUAAGCAACAAAGCCUAUGAGUGCACAUUAGAAUGGGAAACCGUCAGUGCAAUUCAACCAGAAAUUGCAGUGGAGUUUGAAAAUGUAACUGCAGUCACUGAGAUGUGUUUACAACAAGAGGUUGUCCCUGUUAUCGCACACGAGGUCAGUGAAGCGAAAAAGAAAAACAGCGCUGUUAAAUUAGUACCCGACUUUGCAAUCGAGUUAGAAAGUGUACGUGGGGCGACUGAGGUACAAGUACAAGAAGAACUUCUAAAUGUGAUCGCUGAAGACUUGGCAGCUGAAGCAAUUACAAGCAGUUUAAGAGAAUUGGAAAGCCUCGCUUUGGCUGAAGACAUUGCGUCUGAGGCAGAAACAAUCCAGGCCGUCGUCUGCGAAUUGACUGAUAGUGUGAUCGAGCUUGAGUCUGAGGAUGUAGUACUGGAUGAGGUCAGUCAAACCUCGGUUGAUAUUCUUGUUGACAAACUCAGCGGUACAGUGGAGGGGAGUGAGUGCAUGUUAGAAUGCGAAACCGUCGGUUUAAUUGAGCCAGAAGUUGCGGCCGAGUUUGAGGGUGUAACUGAGGUUCCUGACAUUCUCGUGCAAGAAAAAAUCAUCUCCAGUGUCGUCCAUGAGUCGAGCACCGCAGAAGUGAAACCUGACCUUUCGUUCGAGCCACAAAGUGUUACAGCGGCCAUUGAUUUUCCUCUCGAGCAGCGAAAUUCCACAAGAAUUACUCGAGAGUCCGUUUUAACAAAAAGUGAGAGUGCGCGCGAGUUUUUCCCAGAAUGUUCGCUCCUGAUGGAAUAUGGCAGUGAUGUUUCCGUGAUCUCCAAUGAAGUUGCAGCUGCAGAAGUAAAAACAUCCUGUACGUUCUGGCCUGAAAGUUCAUUGGACUUGGAGAGUGUAAGUGAGGUCGUUCAAUCUUCUUUAGAAAUAGACACUGUGACUGAUCACUCAUGACUCACUCGUAUUGGGCUGCAGGCCGACCGUUCAAAUAUUGUUUAGUGGUCGCUUGAUGGUAAAGAGAUCCUCUUGUACAAUGUAAAUUAAAAAGAUCUGUCUGGACUCUAAAGUGCCAAUUUAGCCUUGCAGAAAAAGGUCUGAUUCAUGCCUCUCUUGGAGCCAUUUGAGUAUAAUCAAGGCCACGUUUGGUCUCUUUCCAAACUAUGAAUAUGCAGCUUUAAAUUUGCACAAAUACAUACAAACAAGCCACAACCACCCAUGUAUCAUGUUUAAAAUUUGUUCUAGGAACUACUUUGUUUUAAUAUGCAUUUUUUUUGCCUUCAGGUUGAAAUGUGUGCAGCUGAAUGCUCAGAUCCCAACGAUGAUAUUAUUGGAAAGAAGACCAUGCCAAACAGAGAAUUUGAACUAAGAUGGUAAGACUUUCCCUUAGCAGAAAGCCAAUAGGGAGUGAUCGAUUUCUUGAUUCCCCACAAUCUUAAUCCCGGUAAAGUUCAAGAUUACGGUACAAAGUAUUUUGAAGUAAGUGCACUGAAAUAAUGUGCUGAGUUUAAGCUUCUUUUUGUUUGGCUUCGGUUGAAACGUAUUUAGACAAGGUGGAAUUGAACCGAUCUUUGUAGCCUUUGUUUGUUGUCUUCUUUAUUCCAGCAAUGCAGCGCAAGUUAGAUGUCAACAUGUUUUUAAAACGUUGUUGGAAUUUAUCUUGUGCUGCGUUGCUGGCUUCAGCGUUUUAACUGCAUGACGGAUUUCAAACAGAAGAUUUCAGCAGACUGGAACUUGGGUAUAAAUAACUGUAGUUGCACAUGACCAAGGAUGGUAAUCAUGCAUGAGAUCUUUACAAGGUGUUUCAUGAUAUGGAUGUUUAAAAUUCUGGUUCUUUGGAAAGAAAUACAUAAAAAGUUAUAGCAUAUAAUAGUCUGUUGACAGGUUCUGUGAAUUAGCCUUAGUUUAUACUGUAAAUAGAGGAAGACAAACAAGACAAAUACGCGCUUGAAAGUCGCGAGCUUCCAACUAGGAAGCUGCAUGUAAACAGGAGAAAAACUGGAACGUGUUGGUUACCAUUACCUGUGGUCUUUUUAUAUUUCAGCAUUGCCGGAAAAGUCGACCAACAUGUUUUAAACGUUAAAGCCGUCGAGUUCAUCCCACGCUUUUCAACAACUAGCUUUUUUAGAACAGACAAAGUUGCCAAACUGGAGCGCGGGUAUGUUUUAUAUCAUCUUUUAUUUCCAUUGCGCACUGAGGACGUUACUCAUAUGUGAGAGCUAACUGAGAUAUUAUUUUACAAAAAUGUGCGUGUAAACCAAACGAAAAGUUCUUCGGUCCUUUAGGAUCUUCCUCCCACCAUGUACAUGUAAACAGCCGCUCUGAGAUUCAAGCCAACGAGUAGGUCACUGAAAAACACUGUACCAUGACUCGUUUUCAAAAGCUAUCGCUAUAAAAAACUUGUCAAGUAUCGCACAAGCUCAACUGCAACAAACUGCUUCAGGUUCUCCCUACCAGAACGUAGGCGAAUCUGUUAAGCUUUUGGCUGUUUUCCAGCCUCUCUAGCCUAAAGGAGUCCCACAGUGAUUCAUUUUAGGUCUUCUUCUCUUUUCACACUUGCCUGUGAUCAUUUAAGUUAGAAAAAACCAAUAAAAGUGUAAACUAGAAGCUUGAUCACUUCUAUUUGAAAUCUCGUUGUGAGUAUUGCCCAGGCUUUACUUUGCCGUUAAUUUGUAAAGCAAACUAGAUCUUUUUGUUUAUUGUCGCUUGUCGUCUUUUACAUUUUUUCAGAAUUGCAGGACAAGUUGACCAACACCACCAUGUUUUAAACCCUGACGCGGAUGAAUUCAUCCCAGGCUUUCAAGCAACUGGCGCAUUUGAAACUAACGUUUUUGUCAAACUGGAGCUUGGGUAUAAAUCAUACUUUGCAUUUCUAUUGCGCAUUUAUUUAUAUAGGACGUUAACUAUUUAUGAGAACUAACUGGGUAAUGUUAGGUAUAGAUGAUAGUCCACGGGUCCUUUUGAGAAGCAUCAUAACUUCAAAGCAUAUUAACUUGGCUCACUUGUAGUGAGUCUUGGCCUGUCUUUCUUUGACUUUAAACGUAACAGGACUCUAGGAAAACUGGAACGUGUUGGUUAUCGUUGCCUGUCGUCUUUUUUAUAUAUUUCAGCAUUGCUGGACAGGGCGACCAACGUCAUAUAUUGAACCCUAACGCCGAUACAUUUAUUCCACGCUUUCAAGCAGCGGGGGGAAUUCAAACAGACGAUUUUGGCACACCAGAGUUUGGGUAUGUAUUUUGUUUAAUUUGUAUUGUGCACUUAGGAAGCUUAUAAUUUAUGAGAACUAAUUGGAUUAUUGUAUGGAAUGUAAUUAUGCAGGUAUUCUGGCCCUUUGAGAGGAAAUUUUGUCAGAGAUACUCAUAGUCUGCUGACGUGGUCUUGUGACUUAGGUUCUGUUAAUGUGGAAGAAUCGAAGGAAGACAAAUCAAGCGAGAAGAAUAUGCGCCUGAGUAACGUUCGUUAGUUUCCCUCUAGAAUGAUGUCAAGUACACAACACAAAUGAGAAGUAAUUCCGCCUCCUAGGAUCUUCUUCUAGUCCACUGCGUUUCACCCAGUUUUUAUAGCAACAUGAACAUGCCCAGUAAAACAAGCGACAGCGCCUCGGUGAAACGCUCAAAUUUGGAAUUGAUGUAG